CGCAGCGGCGGCAGGCAUCAUCCCCUGUAGUCCUUCUCGAUGGGUGCGGCAGAUCACACAGCUUUGGCAGCGGGAGGAGGCGCUGCUGCGAUGGGAGCAGCCGCAGAGGUGGACCAACGUCGAGCGUGCGGAGGAAAAGGCGGCAUGAGCGCAGACAGCGCGCAGAUGCAUGAGAGCAGCCGCCGCCACGUGCGAGCGCGGGAGCAGAGCGCUCACAGCAUCAGCGCCAGGUGCCUUCCGCCGGCCGGUGCGGGCUGCUCGCAGCAGAGACAGUCGACGCAAGGUGGUUCGGCAGCAGACGUCGACCGGACGCGGCCAACUCAUGCGUUCUCUCUGCUCACCUCAGCCGCGCAGCGCUCAGCAUCCAGAGGACGCAGCGACGCUAAGCCCUUCCGACGGAUGCCGGCGUGCGGCCAUGCACGCACCUCACCCGACGCCGAGAUGCAGCUGUUGGUGCGUCCUUGGCCGCAGGAGGCGAGCUCGCCGGGCCCGCUCUGCUCGCCGUCGCCGUUGCAAGCGCCGCAGUGCGGAGGCCGGGCGCGGCAAAAUGCACGCGCUAUGCUUGGCGGCCGGCCAUCGGGAAGCCUCGUUGCCGAGCUUGCAGCUCGACUCACCAGCGUCACGAGCAGCAGCAGUGAAACAGAAUUAGGAAUGCGGGUGCUCUGAGGAUGGCGCGGCGACACGGCAUGAGGAGGAGGGCUGCCGGCCUCGCGGGGCGCGAGCGCUGGGCGCAGCCCGUACCGCGCUCUCCUUGACGUGGAGGACCCCGACGUGACCUGUGCUGACAGAAGCAGGCGUGCGAGAGAGUAGCUGGACCGAGCAGCAUCGCCAACGAGAUUGGCGUCGCUGCCUCAGAGGCCG